CUGAAGUAUGUCCAUGAGAACGUUGGCCCCAGAAACGGUCCCCUCUGAGUAACAAAUAAAGAUGUCGACGGUCAUGCAUUUGCUUUGUGUAUGCGAAGGAAGCGAUUGUGAGAGCCAUAAACAUAUCACGAACGUGACUUCCUAACUCUAGUCGAAAUAACACAAACUACGGCUAAAUGUAUAUCGACGUCGCCAUAGAAGACGUUGAAAUAAUUUUUCUGAAUAUUGCGACGUUCCAAACGCGGGAGCGCGACUUGCGGGCUUGCGGCAACUGCAAAACGCGGAACUUGCGCAGCAGCAAUGACGAAGCAGCCAGGUUCCGAAACCGACGAUUGCUUGGCGUGCCGUCUUGUUGGCACUGGUGGACUUCUAGGCGCGUCGGCUUACGUGUGGUACCACAGUCGCCACCUGAAAGGACUUGGCAAGUUCGCCGCCUACACUCUUUGCGGAGGACUUUGCUACCUCGGAUGUGCAAGGUUCGCUUCUCUACCGCCAUUUCUGCGCAAGUGAAGAACAGAUAAGCACCCUCAGCAGCACGUGCUCUACUCCAAGUGAAUCAAGAAGAGGCGGCUGUUCUUCAGCGGAACCAUGAAGCUGAAGGAGUUCGAGUACGGAGAGGCGGAUCUCGUGUACGACGUGGCGCCGAGCUGUGAGGGAAAGCCGACUCGUUUCGAUCAGCUGUUGCAGUCCAAAUGGAACGAGGCCAUGACCAACGGCCACUUCUGGUACAAGCUGGACAAACUGGAGACGCGGAUACUGCCCGGAAAAUACGGAUUCGUGGCGCAGCUCAACACGAAGAGAGCCCAGGAAAGGAGGAAGCCUCAACAUGUCAAUUCCAUUUGCAUGCCAUUUGAUGGCAGCAUCUUUAACUUCACAAAGCUCAAAGAGGGUGAGAUGCUGUUUUCUCUGAAGAAUACAAACAAAGAACAAGACAGUGCGAAAGAAAUGGGACACUGGGUUGUGAUCAACGUCAGCCCAAUUGAAUACUGCAAUUCGCUGCUAGUUCCCAACCUGUACAACUGUCUGCCACAGAUACUCACGCCUGAGUCACUGCGUCUGGCAAUUGAUACAGUGUUACUAAGUGGCAGCCCAAAUUUCCGUCUUGGUUUCAACAGCCUUGGUGGCCAUGCCUCGGUGAAUCACCACCACUUCCACCUCUAUUACCUGGAACAUAGGCUUUACAUUGAAACAGCUAGAGUCAACCACCUAUGGAGCGAAUGCUAUGAAAUUGUAGACUAUCCUGCCAAAGGAUUUGUUUUUCAAGUGACUAAAGACAACAAGGAAACUGUUGUUCAGAAUAUGAUGGUACUUGUCCAGAUGCUGCUAAACACUUCCACAGCUCAUAACCUGUUCGUUACGAGGGGGACAAGCUUUCAAUCAGACGAUCCAGAUGGUGUUGAGCCACCAGUGGUUCGUGUAUUCCUGUGGGCACGCCAAUCUUGCUACGGUGCGAAGGACGAUUCUGCAUUCAAUGCUGCUCUCUGCGAGCUGUCGGGGCACCUAAUAAUGAAAAACAACGAAGGAUACCUCGCUGCAACCGAAGAGUCCGCCUCACAAGAACUCCGCAAGUUUUGCAACGACACCUUUGCAGAAGUGCGUUCCCAAGUGGUGGCGAUGAACAAAAACUGCAACAGCAGCCUGUGUGCUAGUCCAUCCAACAGCUGACAGCCCUGUAAACUCGUCAAUAGCAUUUUCUUUGCUGGCAUGCCGUUUUGUUACCAAUUGACUAAUAAAGUUGUUUUGUUGCUAUAAGCAACUUCAAAGUC